AUGGCCGACAAAGCGAUGCCCGCGGCGCCUGCGUCGCCCGCGCGCUCCAACUCGAACUCGGGCUCCCACGAGGCCGACGAGAAGGGCAACAUCCAUGCCCAGCCCUCCUUUGACAACAAUGUCCUGGCCUCCGGCCCCGGUGGCGUCGAGCCCCCCAAGAGCCUCGAUGAGAAGUCGUACGGUGUCGCCCGCAUGGAGGCCAUCUCCAGCGUCAUGACCCGCACCGACCGUCUCUUCAUCUUCUUCGGCGUCUUCCUCGUGGCCUACGCCUACGGCCUCGACGGCACACUUCGUUACGCCUACCAGCCUUUCGCGACCGCCUCUUUCCGCACGCACUCUCUGCUCGCCACCGUCAACGUCCUGCGCUCCGUCAUCGCCGCUGCGGCCCAGCCCACGGCCGCUAAGAUUGCCGACGUCUUCGGUCGUGUCGAGCUCGUCUGCCUGUCUGUCUUGUUCUACGUCGUCGGCACCAUUGUCGAGACCGUGUCCAACAAUGUCGAGACGUUCGCGGCCGGCGCCGUCAUCUACCAGAUUGGCUACACCAUGAUCAUGCUGCUCGUCAUGGUCAUCAUUGCCGACAUCACCUCGACCCGCUCGCGUCUUCUCUUCAGCUACAUCCCCGCGACCCCCUUCAUCAUCAACACGUGGGUCAGCGGCGACAUUUCGGAGCCCGUCCUUCUCGGCAGCCUGAGCUGGCGCUGGGGCAUCGGCAUGUGGUGCAUCAUUUACCCCUUUUGCGCCGUGCCCCUCAUCAUCUCGCUCACCAUCGUCGGUCGUCGCGCCCGCCGCAUGGGCCUUCUCGACCAGUACAAGACGUCGUUCCAGAUCCUCGGCUUCAAGGCCGGCAUGGUCGACCUCUUCUGGCGCCUCGACGUCAUCGGCAUCAUCCUGCUGAUCGCCGUCUUCGCCCUGAUCCUCGUGCCGCUGACCAUUGCCGGCGGCUUCGAGUCGCAGUGGACCCAGGCCAAGGUCAUCGCGCCUCUCGUCAUCGGCGUCCUCUGCAUCCCCGCCUUCGUCCUGUGGCAGAUGCGCACCCCGCACCCUCUGGUCCCCUUCCGCCUGAUGCGCGACCGCGGCGUCUGGGGCGCCCUCGGAAUCGCCCUGUUCCUCAACUUUGCCUGGUACAUGCAGGGCAACUACCUGUAUACCGUGCUGAUUGUCGCCUUUGACAUGUCCAUCACGGCUGCGACGCGCAUCACGUCGCUCUACUCCUUCGUCUCGGUCAUCACCGGUUUCAUCCUCGGCUUCAUCGUCUUCAAGGUCCGCCGCCUCAAAGUCUUCAUCGUCGCCGGCACCGUGCUCUUCCUCGUCGCCUUUGGCCUCCUCAUCCACUUCCGCGGCUCGCCCUCGGACGCGCAGUCGUCUGGCGUCAUCGGCGCCCAGGUCCUCCUCGGCAUCGCCGGCGGCAUGUUCCCCUAUCCGGCACAGGCCUCGCUGCAGACGGCUCUGGACCACGAGAACCUCGCCGUCAUGACGGGCCUCUACCUCGCAACCUAUAACAUUGGUUCCGCCUUUGGCAACACCGUGUCCGGCUCCUUCUGGACCCAGCUGCUGCCCUCUGAGCUGAACAAGAGGUUGGCCCAGUUCGGCAACGAGACGCUCGCGCAGACCAUCUAUGCCGACCCUUUCACCGUGCUCACCGAGUACCCCGUCGGCACCCCCGUGCGCACCGAGAUUAUCGCCUCGUACCAGCACAUCCAGCGCCUCCUCUGCAUCACGGGCAUCUGCCUCUGCGUGCCGCUGAUCGCCUUUGCGGCGUGCCUGCGCAACCCCCACCUCAACGACGAGCAGACGCUGGCCGAGGACAAGACGGUUGUGCGCCGGGACGAGGAUGCCAUUGUUCGCUGA